AUGUCCGAUUCGCCUUCUUUGCAAAAUGUUUUUCCACAAAUUCUUCCAGGAAAGCCCAAGGUGUACCAAGGUGUGAGGGUGAAGAUCACAGUCAAGGAGUUGCUGCAGCAGAGGAGAGCACGACAAGCAGCCACUGGUUCAGCAGUUCCUUGGGACAGCAGCAGCAGCAGCAGCAGCAGCAUCCAGUUUGCAGAGUCUGUGUCUCCGCCUCACCCAGAGCCUUUUGAAGCAGAGCCCAUCCCUCCUGUGCCCAGCUGCUGCCCGUCCUGGCAGUUUUCCAGCUGCCUGUCCUGUGAGGAAAGCCCUGGAUACCUGGAGCAGCUGAUAGAUUCCUGCCUGCAGCCAGAUGCACCCUCUGAGGCAGCCUUCAGUGCCUUCCAGCCAUCCCCACACUACACCCCAGACACCUUCCAGCCAGUCCAGCUCUGCUUCAGCCAGGGCCUGGCUGCCAGCUCUCCCAGCUCAGCAGACCUGCCCAGCCCAUGGAACUCCAGCUGCUCCCCACCUCAGCUGUCUCCCCUGACCCCGCUGACCCCUAGCCCACCCUACAGCUGUCCCAUGGAGGAGUGGCCCUGCCACGCCCCGUGUCCCCUGGCCAGCCCUGCGUGCUGCUGCCCAGCCUGUGGGGCACAGGGCAGGGACAGCAGGGGCCCGCAGUGCUGCCCCUGCCCCAGCACGGACUGCCUGGAGCUGCUGCCACCCCUGGCCGUGGCCGAGGACUUCUUCAGGAGGGACAGGAGCUGGGACAUUUGCUACAGCUAAUGGGGGCUGUGGUUUCACACAUCCACUCUAUCCAAAGCAGAUUAAAUUGC